CUCUCGUCUUCCUCCCCACGCCACGGGGAGACGAGAAGCCGAGGAGUAAACCCUACUCGCCACCACGCGUUCCCCCUCUUCCUCCCCACGGGACGCGGCGUCUCUCAUCUCCUCCCUCCCCUCGCCACUGCGCACGCAUGAUCGCUCGCUCGCUCCGACCACAACCCUUCUCCAUCCACGCGACGCGGCCGUGGAUGGAUCUUUUCCAUGGUGUGGAGUUCGCGGUUCUGCAGAUGUGGCAGUGCGAGUCGUACCUCCUCGUCGACGAGGACGGGAGGUCCGUCUACCACGGCAGCCUCGGCGGCGGCGCCUAUCUGAUCAACGCGCAGUGGGCCGUCGAGGAGAUCGUUGCCGGAGCGCCCCCCACGAGGACGCGGUACGUGCUCCUCCGCGGCGCCUACGGCCGGUACCUUGGGACCGGGGCCCCUGACGCCCGAGAUCGCAACCGCGAGCGCUGCCCCUGCUGUCCACUCCACUGCUAUUCACUCGAGGCCUCGCAGCGAGACCGCGAUGAACCGGAGGUCGACGACAUCAUGUGGCAGGCCAUCGGGUGCAGGGGCGUCCCGUGCGAGGUGGGCGAUCGCGCCGGGCCUCCAAAAAUUAUGGGUCAUAAGAUUUACGAAGUAUAGAAAUCAAUUUAAGUUGUCUUAUAUAAUAAGUAUAUAUAAUAGUUUAGUUCUUUAAGAUUUUAUUCCACAAGGAAAUAAAGGUCCGAUCUAAAUUCUAAAUUUCUU